CCAUCAUCCGCCCACGGCCCGUCCCGCUUCUCCGUCUCGUGCUCCUGUCUCACCGAGCCACUUCGCUCGUCCGCCGCCGUGCCUGCGUCUCAGGCCAUGCGCGCAGCCCUGUCGCUCGGCGCUCUCGCCGCAGCGUCGUUCCGCGCAGCACAUCCGCGGCCCGCCCUCUUCGCGCCGGCGAGCAGGGCGGCGUCUCUCUGCCAGAUUCGCAGCGUCGCUGCCAGUGCCUCUUCGCGAGACGCAGUGCCGCAUGCCGGCCCCUCGCACGUCGAAGGGCCGUCGCACACUGAAGCUUUGCCACCGAGCGUGCUCAGUGCUGCGCCACGGCCAGAUGCCGAGGCGUCUCGAGUCGGGCAGACGAAGAGCUCCUUGUUCGAGCCAGCGCCGCGGAAUCCUGUCGGCGUGCAGCUCCUCUCUCGUCCGCUGCAUCGGCAGAUCUUCCCUGCAGGGUCAGCCGAGGUGCCCGAGGUCACCUCGGAUGCACUGUCACUGUGCCGCUCGCAUCUCGCCACACAUGGCCUCGAGCCCGCGCAAGCAUCAGUGCUGCCAGAGACGGGCUUCGAACUACCUCCACUGCAGGGCAAAGACCUGGGCGAGCACUUCUGGAAUGUCGGCCGCGAGGUCGCGCAGCCGUGGCUCGGCAUGGCCCAUACACUAGCUGCGAGCGAGCUGCCCUUGAUGCCGCAGGGCAUAGCUUCCGGCGACGUCUCUGCUCAGAAGCACGACGACGGGCUCGACGUGUCCGACUGGCUCGCACUUGACCCGCACCUACGCGACGAGGUGCAUGUGCAGACGCCGCACUGGCUUCGGAGGCCCGGCUGGACGCGCUACCCUCUGCUGCGCUCUGCAGACGGGACUGCGUCCGCGCUGGGAACUGGCGAGCCCGUCGAGUACCCGCUGGAGUCCGACGGCUCGCUCGUGUUCGACGUUGAGACGAUGGUGCAGUCGAGCCACUUUGCUGUGAUGGCCACUGCGGCGUCCUCAGGCGCGUGGUACGCCUGGCUGAGCCCAUGGCUCCUUGGCGAGGGCGAGGGCCACGACCGCGUCGACCAUCUCAUUCCCUUCGGCCCGGCGCACGAGGAGGCAGGCGCGAGCCUUCGUCCAGCUCGGCUGCUCAUUGGCCACAACAUCGGCUACGACCGCGCGCGCAUCCGCGACGAGUAUUCGUUGACCCGCGGCCCGAUCCGCUUUCUGGACACGAUGGCGCUCCAUGUCGCCACGCGCGGCAUCAGCAGCCCGCAGCGGCCCGCGUGGAUGAAGCACGCCAAGGCGCGCGCCGCGAAGCGCACUGCGCAGCGUGCCGAAGCCGACCGCAUCGAGAAGCUGCAGCGCGAGUCGUUCGCCAAGCUCUUCGGCGAGACGGCAGACGAGGAUGAUCUGGCUGCCAUCACGUUUCCGGAAGAGUCUGCGGAGGACGAUGCUGUGGCGCAUGCUGCGGCCUCCGAAGAGGCUGCUGACGCCCGCGCGAACGACCUCUGGCUCGACCUGACGUCCAAGAACUCGCUGGCCGACGUGGCGGAGCUGCAUUGCGGCAUUCACAUGUCCAAGCAGCUGCGCAAUGUUUUCGUCGAGGCCACCUCGCGCCAAGAGAUCCUGGACGAGCUUGAGCCGCUGCUCCACUACUGUGCCCGCGAUGUGGAGGUCACCCACGCCGUGUUCCGCAAGGUGUGGCCCGCCUUCGUCGAGCACUGCCCUCAUCCUGCGACAGCCGCCGGCGUCCUUGGCCUGGGCAACGCCAUUCUGCCAGUGGACGACGAGUGGCUUGACUACCAAACGCGGAGCGAGGCGAAGUACCGCGAGGCACACGACGAGGUGUCGCGCUGUCUCCUCGAGCUUGCCGAAACCCUGCGCGCUGACGGCACGUCUGGUGUGACAUGGGACGACGCAAUGCUCGCGGCAUCCUCGCGUGCCCGUCUGCUCGAGGCAGGCACGCUGCCGGCAGCCGAGCGCUUCGAGGUCGAGCGCAAUGAGCGCGAACGACCCAAGAUGCCGUGGGAGAGCAACUCCUGGUCGGCGCAGCUCGACUGGACACCCAAGCGACCCAAGGCGCCACGUCCCUCUGCACGCGAAGAUGCGGACGAGGUGCCGCCUGGCUUCCGGCGCGUGCCGCAGUGGUACAAGGCCGGCGUGCUGGCCAAGAGCGCCAAGCUCGGCGCCCGCAGCUCGCUCACGCCUGCGCUGCUGCAGCUGCAGCUGGACGGCGGAGCGAUCUUCAAGGAUGGCGACAGCGGCUGGAUUCUGCGACGGCCGGGCGCCGAAGACGAGCUGCUAGGCCAAAGUCCGCUGUCGCAGACAAUCCUGCUGAAGAAGCAGCGCUGGGCCGAGAUGGAGAGCGGCGCCGGAGCUGCGGGUCAGGAGGUGCUGCGCGGCCUCCGCAGCGGCGCUGCAGACAACGACAUGGUGCGAGAUCUGCUGUCCCAGCAGGCAGACUCGCUCGUGCGCGCCUGGGCCGACACACCGGAGGGGUGCAGUGGGCAGGCACCAUCAGACGCGCAUCCCGCGCUGCAAGGCCUCGACUGGACCGCCGUCGAGGUCCGCGAAGAGCUCGACCAGACCGCCACCGGCACGGCGCCCAAGGACUCGUGGUGGCCGAAGUGGUACUGGGACAUGGUCAAGUCGGGCACGUGCGAGGUCGAGGUGACGAUCCGCAGCAAGAUCGCGCCGCUGCUGCUGCACAUCAGCUGGCAGGGCUGUCCGCUGUACCACAGCCGCGAGCACGGCUGGGUGUUCCGCCACGACUCCGCGCUCCUGCCGAGCUUCACCACGCGGCAGAAGGCAGUGGCAUUCACACACGAAGCCGACGCGGCACUGCGCCAUGAUCUCGAGACGCACCCGUCAGCCACUUUCUACAAAGUGCCGCACGCAGCGGGCGACGACUCCAACGUCGGCAGCCCUUUCAGCAAAGGCUUCGUGCCCUUCUUCGAGCAGGACACGCUGCGCAGCGAACAUCCUGACGAGACCAGCAAGGCCGCCGCUCGCGCUGCGCUGGCGAUGAAUGCGCAGUGCAGCUACUGGAUCGGCGUGCGUGACCGCGUAGCCAAGCAGAUGGUGGUCUGGGACGGCGAGGGCGGCGCGAAGAUGGGCAUCGAUGCCGGCGCCAGCGGAGCACGCCAGGACGACGAGGCCGAGAAGCUCAGGCGCAAGGGCCUCAUCCUGCCGCCCGUCAUCACGAUGGGCACAGUGACGCGCCGCGCCAUCGAGAAGACGUGGCUGACGGCGUCGAAUGCGAAGGCCAACCGCGUCGGCUCGGAGCUCAAGGCGAUGGUCAAAGCCCCGCCGGGCUGGUCCAUCGUGGGCGCCGAUGUCGACAGCGAGGAGCUAUGGAUCUGCAGUGUGAUGGGCGAUGCUCAAUUCGGCAUCCAUGGUGCCACCGCGGUCGGAUGGAUGACGCUGGAAGGCACCAAGGCCAACGGCACCGACCUGCACAGCAAGACGGCCAGCAUUCUCGGCACCAGCCGGAACCAGGCGAAGGUGUUCAACUACUCGCGCAUCUACGGCGCUGGUAUCCGUCACGCGACGCAGCUGCUGCUGAAGGCCGACCCGUCGAUGGCAGCCGAAGAGGCGACGAAGCUGGCGAAGGACCUCUACGCCAAGACCAAGGGCAGCAAUACGCACAAGACCGACUACUUUGGACGGCGCUUCUGGUUCGGCGGCACCGAGAGCUUCGUGUUCAACAAGCUCGAGGAGGUGGCCAUCAGCGAGAAUCCACGCACGCCGGCCCUCGACUGCGGCAUUACCGCCGCGCUCUCGAAGCAGCACCUGCCGAAGGCGCAGGGCAACUCGGGUCGCGGCGCCGACGACUUCAUGCCGAGCCGCAUCAACUGGGUCGUGCAGUCGAGCGGCGUCGACUAUCUGCAUCUGCUGGUCGUCUCGAUGGAUCACCUCUGCCAGCGUUACGGCAUUGCCGCUCGCUUCAUGCUCAGCGUGCACGACGAGGUGCGCUACCUCGCGCGCGACGAGGACGCUCAUCGCGCCGCGCUCGCACUGCAGAUUGCCAACCUCUGGACGCGCUCGAUGUUUGCCUUCAAGCUCGAGAUGGAUGAUCUGCCGCAGUCUGUCGCAUUCUUUGCACAGGUCGACCUGGACAAGGUGCUGCGCAAGGAGGCUGAUGACCCGUGUGUCACGCCUAGCCAGCCGCGUCCCAUCCCGCUGGGCUCCGCUCUGAACAUCGAGCAGACGCUUGAGAAGACUGGCGGCUCCCUCUCUGCCGGUGACGCGCUGUCGCACGCACCGCUCCCGACGCCAGCGCCUGCAGAUGCCGACCCGGCCCUCAGCUCCUCGGCCUACCCGCCGUAUGUCCCGUCGGACCAGAAGCACCGCUGCGUCGGGCAGCGAGGCACGCUCUUCCUUCAGGCUCAAGCCGCCGAGGACAUCAACGAGGUCCGCGUGCUUGAGCGGCGCGCCUCUGACGCUCGUCACGAGGCUUGGCAGGACCAGCAAGCCAAGGGCGCUUCUAAGCGUGGCGCCAAGUCUCCGCCUCGCCGCAGUGCCCCGCCCAAGACCAACCGGCGGCCGCGUGUGGCGCGUCCGCAGACGUCAGUGCCCACGGCUGCGUUCUCGACGUCUGCACGCGCGUCACGGCCAGCCUCUGAGUCGCCGCUGCCCGAGGCGAUCCAGUCGAUCGUUGCGGCCUUCCCGGCUCGGCCGGCGCGCCUGCGCAAGCCCUUCUUUCGCCUGCCAUCGCACGCUCACAUGAUACGCUGGCAGCUGUACCGCCCGCUGCUGCGUGCCUGCCCGCCGGAACUGCCUGAGUUUGCCGCCAUGGUCCGCGGCCUCACACGCGCCAAGCGGCGUUGCACCAGCCCGGCGCAGACACAGGCGCUCAUCGACCGUGGCCAAGAGCUGCUCGCUCUGUUCGCCCGCGCACGCGACGGCGAUGCCGAGGCACAAGCAGAGAUGGAGCGCCAGCAUGCCGUGCUCGCCGAGAAGCGUCAGCGUCUCCGAUGGGGAAGCGCGGAGGCCCGAUACUUCGUGAGCACGCUUGCCGACCCCUAUCUGCGCCGUCACUGAUCAGCUCCCGCAGCGCUCUCUGAACCUGCCGCGCGUGCCGCACCACUCGGGCGCGCUGCUCCCGCCCACAAUCUACAACCCGCCGCUGCCGCGCUACAAGCCUGUGCAGCCGCCGGGCAUCACGAUGAUGAUCUUCCGGCGGCGCAUCGCUCGGGCGCGCCGCAUGCAGAAGUCGGUCGAUCUGAACGAGACGCUCAAGGCGAUCACGAUGGAGGCGGAUGUCUUCAAACAGUGCGGCGCUGGUGGUGCGGCGCCCGUCUUGCACAGGGAGCUCUUCCAAUGGGGUGA